AUGGCUCCAGAUUGCAUAAAAACCUGCUCAGGUGUGAGCAAUUCACCCCUUUCUCUCCAGUCUGUAGAUGAAUACAGCAGGAACGCGGUAGCAGCAGCUGAAGUCGCCUGGACGUUUGCGCGCUUGGCAGAGGGCCUUCUAUGCAGGUUAAACUUUGCUUUCAUUCUUUGGAUCUCAAUGACAUUUGUGUGCUCGGGUUACCCAGUUGUCCCUUCCAUGACCAGCAAUCCUUUUUAUUUGAAUUGCCAGCUGUAUGGAAAAUCUGAUUACACUGAAGAACUGGCUUUUUUGAAGCCUUACCUGGAGAUGCCUCUCAAUAAAAGGUCCUUUCGCAACGGUGUUGGAUCAGGAAUUAAAAAAACUUCCUUUCGAAGAGCAAAGUCGUAA